UUAUCUUCGUAUGAUAAUAUUUUGAUGAUACUCGCGAAUUCUAGCAAGAUAAUCCAAGGUUAUUGUAGAUAUUUUGAAUGGAUUUCUCGAUUUCUCGGAAGUCUUAGGAUCCUCUUAUGCCGAGAGCGGACUGCCAAGGUCGGCCUAAAUGUACCGAACUAGCCCAACCGACGACCCCACGUCCCCGAAUCGGGACUAUAUUAUAGGCAUCACCAGCAUCAAUCAACUAGCAGGUUAUAAAAUAUUAAUAUAUUAAAAUAGAAAGAAGAAAGGAAGGAUUUCCUAAAAUAGAUUCGCAAUGUCGUUUCCGAAAGUUCCUCCAAGCGGCAUCUGGACGCCAGCAGUUACCUUUUUCGACCCAAAGACCGAUACAUUAGACACAGAAUCUCAAGCAACAUACUAUUCCUAUCUCUCCAAAACCGGUCUUGCUGGUCUUGUAAUUCUAGGAACCAAUGCCGAAACUUUCCUACUUACCCGCGAGGAGCGGAAGACAUUGCUACAAACGGCCCGUCAAGCAGUCGGGCCAUCCUUCCCAAUCAUGGCGGGCUGUGGUGGUCACUCCACACGCCAAGUUCUAGAAUUCAUCGUCGAUGCAGCAGAGGCCGGUGCCAACUACGUCCUUGUGUUGCCGCCGGGCUACUUCGGGAAAGCAACCACUCAGGCCGUCAUCGAGAACUUCUACGCUGACAUCGCCAACGAGAGUCCUCUUCCCGUCGUGCUGUACAACUUCCCCGGCGUCUGCAACGGGGUUGAUUUAGACUCCGCGACUAUCGCGAAGCUGGCGAAUCAGCACAGCAACAUCGUAGGUGUGAAACUGACCUGCGGCUCCGUGGCAAAGAUCACGCGCCUCGCUGCCGAGUUGCCAUCGGAGCGUUUCGCAACUUUCGGAGGCCAGUCCGAUUUCUUGAUCGGAGGUCUGAGUGUGGGCUCCGCGGGAUGUAUCGCUGCGUUCGGGAAUGUGUUCCCUAAGAGCAUCGUCCAGAUCUACAAGUUAUACAAGGAAGGGAAGUACCAGGAAGCGCUAGCAUUACAUCAGAAAGCUGCAUUGGCUGAACAGCCCUGUAAGGCCGGUAUUGCCGCAACGAAGUAUGCGGCGGCAAUUCAUACGGCGAAGGCGGCGGGUAUUGAGGGUGCAGUGGAGAAAUUGAAGCCGAGACGCCCUUAUAUCGAGCCUACUGAUGCGGCGAAGCAGAAUAUUGCAGCGCAGAUGGCGGAGCUGGCGGUGAUUGAGAAUAAUCUAUAAUACCAAUCAAGACAGCGGCGCAUUCUCGCUGGUGAUUGAAGAUAGAUAGUGGUGUCGUGGAGUCAAUAUUCAGAAAGAUUUAGAGCGGUGCUAAUAAUUGGCGUGAUACCAAGACGUUCAUCCAUGUCAAUAACCACGAUCUAUCUUCAUAAUAAAUUCUAUAACAGGUAGUCC